AUGAGCGAUACCGACGAGGCUUCGGGACACCUUCUGGAGUCUGUAUGGCCAUUGAUUGAUGUAAAAGGUACUGGGUUUAUAUAUGGUCGCGAUUUCCCACUUGCAGUGUCGAAAAUGGAGGAACUGCUGAAUAAGGGCCAAGGCAGGUCAAAAACCUCCUUGGUAUCCAAAACCGGACAAGAGAUCCUCAAAAAGUUCAGCAGUGAUCAGGAGUUUUUCAAGGUUUACAAGGAUGACUUUGCAGAGCUUUUUGAUGGACUACUUGGUACCACUUUUAGAACCGCCGUUCAAUCGUGCUCCAGAGAAGGAGGGCCAGAUUUUGGAGCACCAGCGCCAGAAACGGCCAGCUUCCAUGAUAACGAAGAUACGCCUGUGGAAUCUACUGAAAUGCUGCGAGGCGAAAUUGCCACUUUGAGAAAUCAGCUGGGAGAACUGCGGCGGCAAAACGACGGAAAGGACCAGAUCAUAGCAGCUAAAGAGGCACUUCUAGUGGGGCUUCGAAAUACCAGUGGUUCUCCAACAGCCAGUCCACUCACAAAGGCCGGCGCACGAAGCUUACAAGCCCGGAUAUCCCAUUUAUCGGAGGAGAUUCAGGCCAGAGAUGAUGCGAUACGAGAGAAAGACCAUGAACUACUGUCCAUGACUAAAAAAGUCGGGGAAUACAGAGACAAGUAUCAGUUUUUGGAGCGUGAGUUUCAAUUCUACAAAGACCACGGUGAGCUACAAAAACCAGAAGCCACUAAAGAAGCCACAAGACACGAGUUCAUCAUAUCGGAGCUCAGAAGAAAAAUAACCGACCAAAGCGAUAUGAUAAACACCAUGCGAUCACAAGUAGAGUCCAGGAAAACCCCCAUUCCUCGUUCAAAAGCGGUUAGUGUAGAAUCCACCAUACUCGAUAUAAUACCGCCACAGAAAGUGGUGAAGUGGAUUGGAGCGGUUCUUGGAAUCCUGCUCGUGACAAAUAUCGUCUUAUACCUUAUUGCGACCAUUAGAUCGAUGUUUGGAUCCUACUCUGCUUCAGGUUUGGGUACUAAAAUUCGGCUAAAUUGGUGGGAGCGAAGCUCGUUAUCGAGCAAAAUUGUCUGGUUUUUCUCCGAUUACUUCGAGCAGGAUUGGUCUACCGGUGCUGACGAAAAUAUCAAUUCUAGUUACAACAAAAUUUUUGGCGUAUAG